AUGUGGAGAAAGAAACAAAUUGAAAAUAUUAAACAACAACAACAACACACAGCAGCUGCAGCCGACACUCCUCAAUCGGUAUCACCACUGAGUAAACCCAACCUUCUAACCAAAAUUCAAAUUCAGGAAAUUAUACAAAAACAAGUUUCAAUACCCAUCGAUAGACACUCAGUGGCCGAUGAUGAAAUUAAUGGAAGAGGCGACGACUGUUCGAUAUCUUCAUCAAGUACCGGAACUACGAACUACUGCUUGUAUUAUUUCACGGAACUAAACUUUCCUGACGUGAACAAUUUGCUCGUGUUUGAACUUCGCUUCUCAACACAAAUUAUUACUCCUGUACAAAAACUUCAAAUCAUUAAUGCUUCAAAAGGAGAAAACAAAAAACCCAUUGAAAACACAGAUGACAUGGAUAGAGAUGAGGAUGUGUUGCCAUGUCCUACUGAGUCUUCGCUGAACUAUACUCAUUAUAAAUUUGCAGUGACUGUUCCUCCUGAAUUUCCAAACAAGAAUUUGAGUAUAUCAUUGAUAAGCAUUCAUGGACAAGGAAUAACGGAUAGUGUCACGCGACAACAAGGUGCAAGUCCUUCCGCUGACAUUAGCAACAACGUCACAGCAGCUGGGGCAUUUCAAAACAAAACCUCAAAUUUCACCCAUCAACAAUCUAUACAGUAUUGUGUUGUUGACAGCCAACUCAGAUCCUCACACAACGAUUCAUCCUUGAUAUCAGUAACUGAGGUAAUCAAGUUUUUGAAAAAACUUAUUUUUGAUGCCGAAAAGAGAAAUUUUGAAUCUCAACAAGGUGAUACUCUUUCCAUGCUAUUUGGAAAUGAUAAAGACCUGCUCACACAGCUAGAGAGUCAAUAUUUCUUACCAGAUUAUGAUUCAAUGGUGAUAGAAGAAAAAAGUCUUAUUUUUUCAAAACCAGAACAGCUUGAAUCGUGGAAGAGAGAAGCUCUCUUGCUUUGUACAUUGAAACAUCCAUCUAUUGUUGAUCAUAUUGGAUAUGGCCUUCGAGCUGACAAAUUUCAAUUCAAAAUUCUAAUGGAGCACUGCAAAUAUGGAUUCCUUUAUGACAUUCUUUUUAAACCACCAGCAAAGAAAAAAUCAAGUUUAGACACAAACAACUUGAAAGAGCAAUUAAGGGAUCCAGAGAUCAUUUAUAGAGUUGCUAUUAGCGCUGCAAAGGCAUUGCAUUAUUUACAUACCGAAAAGAAAAUGAUUUAUGUUAACGUGAAUAGCGCGAACAUUAUGCUUGCUGAUGAAUUCCAAACCAAGUUCUUGGUGGACUCAAGUACUUGCUAUGUGUGUAAUCUAGCAGCAUCAGGACCAAUCAGCGACAUUUCGCCGUCACAAUCAACUGAAAAUCUUAUUAUUCCACCUGCAUUAAUCAAAUAUUACAAUCCAAAUGUUAGUUCUGCAGAAACAGCAGUACUGGUGCAGUAUAAAUCACCAGAGCAAAUUUUAUUACCUAAACGGAAGUACUUACUCACUUCGGCUGUGGACAUUUUUGCGUUUGGUAUUGUCCUAUAUGAAAUAUUUACACAGAGGAAUCCAUGGAAAGGUACACAACCCAAGACAAUUUUAGAGAAGGUUGCUAAUGGAGAACGACCCGAAUUGUCUCCUCAACUUGUUAUUGUUCCUCAACAAUUAGAGAUUGUAGAAUUAAUUUCAUGGUGUUGGAAACAGGAUCCCUCAGAGAGACCAAAUAUUUCUCAAGUACUGAAUGCAUUGACACAAUUAUCCUGUAAGAAAGCACAAUAA